AACUGAGACUAGCGCAUAGCUUAUAUUUGUGAUUACGCAAUUUUCAGCUGAGCAAGAGAAAUCGACUGAGGUGAGACACUGCUACUAGCUGCUGUGAAUUGAACAUGAAGUCGAAGACACAUAGUCGUAAGAACUAAAUUUUAUACGCAAGCUGACGGUUCUAGUCCACGUUCAAGAUGACAGACGGCCCUCUAAAUCCAGCAGAAAAGGGUGGAAUUUUGUCUCAAACGUUUUUCUGUUGGCUGUUGCCAUUCUUCAAGUAUGGCUACAGGAACACGUUAGAGCAGCCUGAUCUCUAUCGGAUAUGCAGCGAAGAUGAUUCCAAUUCCCUUGCUGAUAGACUUGAAAGAAACUGGAACAAGGAGCUGAAGGCACAUGAGAAUCAUGAAAAGAAACCCAGCCUCCUCCGAGCUUUAAUCAAAACCUUCAUACGCCCAGUAGCCUUUUCAGGGGUCAUAGUUUUCUUUGAGGAAUGUGUCUUCAAACUCCUUCAACCCAUCAUUCUCAGCUUCCUCAUCACCUACUUUUCUCCGGAGCCAAAAAUCACACCCACUCAGGCUUACCUCUGUGCCCUGGGGAUGGCGUUGUGCGGCGCCUUCGCUACAAUCCUGCAUCAUCCCUACUUCUUUCAGAUGUCCAGGGUAGGCAUGCAGGUCCGCAUCGCAACCAGUGCUCUGGUCUUCAGAAAGUCUUUACGUCUGAGUAAUUCAGCUCUGGGGCAAACAACAGUCGGGAAGUUGGUCAAUAUUCUAUCCAGUGAUGUGAAUAGAUUUGAUGUGGUGAUGCUUUUCCUGCACUACGUCUGGAUUGGCCCCCUGCAGCUGAUAGUCUUAUUCAUCAUACUCUUUAACAACAUGGGGCCGUCCUGUCUGGUAGGAUUCGUCAUCCUUCUCUGUCUAGCUCCUCUCCAAGGAUGGAUGGGAAAACUAUUCUCCAAAUUCAGGAACAAGACGGCUCUAUUGACCGAUGAGCGUGUGCGGAUUAUGAAUGAGAUCAUCUCAGGAAUGCGGAUCAUCAAGAUUCAUGCAUGGGAAUUCCCCUUUUCAGACCUGGUCAGAGAAUCAAGAAGGAAAGAAAUCGCCAAAGUGAUGCGCUCCACCCACUUGCGUUCUUUCAACAUCGCUUUCUUCAACUCUGCCACUGCUAUCAUCUCCUUCUCCACCUUCACCGUCUACGCCCUCACCGGUCACGUGCUCACCCCCAGCAUCGUCUUUCUUGCCAUCCCGCUCUUCAACGCUGUCCGUCUCACGGUCGUUCUCUUCAUCCCUUACUGCAUCAUGUACGGCAGUGAGGGGCUCAUUGCUGUGCGCAGAAUACAGGAAUUUCUUAUGAUGGAGGAACUGAAGACAUUGAAAAAUGCAGACUCCCUCUCCUCCAUCGCGUCCGAUGCUAACCUUCCCAUCCCUGAGCAGAUCGGAGAACCCCUGGAAGAAACCGAGAAGAACGAUAGAAGAAAAGAUGAGGAGAGGACAGAUACCAUCGUCAGCAAUGACGUUACUGUAGCAUUCCUCCCUGAUGAUGAUAACAAGGAAAAAGAUCAGCUGGUUGAAGAUGGCCCAGAUGGUCUAGUCAUGAAGCAUAUGAAUGAUAACAGAGAGGAAGAGGAGAAAGAAAAGGAAGAGAAAGAAGAAGAGAGGAGAAAAAGCAAAGAAGGAUCAAAUCGGGAUGUUGAUGGGGAUGAUGGGACUCCUGAACGUGGAGAAGAUGAUAAUGACAUCAUUCUUAGGAACCUCGGAGGAUCUUGGGAUGCCAAAAGUGGUGAUGACAAAGUUGGUUUCACUCUGAAGAACAUUGACUUUUCUCUGCGAGCCGGACAGCUUGUAGCCAUCAUUGGGCCUGUGGGGAGUGGCAAGUCUUCCCUUCUCAUGGCUAUGAUGAAUGAGCUCCCAACACAGACUGGUGACGUUAUUGUCAGUGGUAAAAUAGCCUAUACAGCACAGCAGCCCUGGGUGUUCUCUGGCACGUUAAGGGAUAACAUUCUCUUUGGCAAGAAGUUUGACCCAGACAAGUACAAGGAGGCCCUGAAAGUCUGCGCGCUCAAAACGGACAUUGAACUUUUACCUGACGGUGACCUCACGCUGGUCGGAGACAGGGGCAUCACAUUGAGUGGAGGUCAAAGGGCAAGGGUCAGCCUGGCCAGGGCUGUAUACCAUGAGGCCGAUGCGUACUUACUGGAUGAUCCUCUCAGUGCUGUGGAUACAGCGGUCGGAAGGCACCUGUUUGAUAAAUGCAUCAAGGGUCAUCUAAGAGACAAACCGGUUGUCCUUGUCACUCAUCAGUUGCAGUACCUGGAUGCAGCAGACUGUAUAGUCGUCCUCAAAGAUGGUGAAAUGGUAGCAUGCGGAAGCUUCGAGGAGCUCCAGACCACUGGGAUAGAUUUCGCUGCUCUCCUCAAGGAGCAUGAAUCACUCAAGCAAGCAGACGUUGUGUCGAGGACCAGCUCAAUUUAUUCAAUCCCCGGCGCCAUAGCAACGGAGAUCAAUCCAAUUGCUGAUGAUAUCAUUCUUGAGCUUGAUGAGAAAGGCAGAUUUAAAGCACAGUGUGUGAUCGGUCAGGCUGAUGAGAAAGCAAGCGAUAGACAGAAAGAGACCAAGUCUGUAGGCACGGUGGCGUACAUGGUCUAUGUAACAUUCUUCAGGGCAGGGGCCGGUAUUCUUGGAUUCAUGGUCUUCGCGCUCUUCAAUGUUAGCAGUCAGGCGUUCAUGAACCUCACUGAUUGGUGGUUAGCGCAAUGGGCUUUCGCUGAGGAGACGGCGUGUGCUGAGUUACUCAAUCGUUCAUGCAUAGUCGAUACGGUCUCGCCGAAUCACACGUUUGUAGAUGAGAUGGAUGUCGACCGGCCGUACUAUCUUCAAAACCUGUCCAUCUUUCUCGGUCUCUUCAUCCUCUUCUGCUUCAUUCGUACCUAUCAUGUUUUCAUCAUCAUCGUCAACGCCGCCACCGUUCUCCACAAUAGAAUGUUUGAAGCUCUCAUCAGGGCCCCGAUGCAAUUCUUUGAUACUAACCCGAUUGGGCGUAUAUUAAAUCGAUUCUCAAAAGAUAUCGGUCUAAUGGAUGAGCUAUUACCUACAACCUUUGCAGAUUUCAAUGCAAUAUCAAUUCAAACUAUAGGUGUGAUCAUCGUGAUUAGCAUCUUCAACCCAAUCGUCUUAAUAUUCACGGUGCCGCUGUGUGUAGCAUUCACCCUCGUCAGACGAUACUACCUCGCAUCAUCAAGAGAUAUCAAGAGAUUAGAAGGGAUAACUCGUAGCCCUGUCUUCAGUCACCUCUCCGCCUCUCUGCAGGGGUUGGUCACCAUCAGAGCCUUCAAGGUCCAGGAGAACUUCACCAAGCAGUUCGACCUCCAUCAGAACACCCACACCAGGACAUGGUUUCUCUUUCUCACUUCCACUCGUUGGUUUGGUAUCAUGUUAGAUUGGAUGUCCGUCACCUUCCUUGCCAUAGUAGCCUUUACUUGCAUCAUCUCAUCUGAUAUAUUUGAGUUGAACUCAUCUCUGGUCGGUUUAUCAUUGACCUACUGUCUUCAGCUGAUGGGUGCAUUCCAGUGGGGCGUUAGACAGAGUGCUGAGGUAGAAAAUUUGAUGACCUCAACAGAGAGGGUCAUAGAAUACUCGCAUCUGAAGCCAGAAGCUCCUCUGGAGAAGGAGAAAGAACCCGAUGCAGAUUGGCCUAAGCAUGGCAUCAUCACGUUUGAAGACGUCUCGGUCUCCUACAGCGACGAUGGACCUCUAGUCCUCAAGAACCUCAGAUGCUGUAUACGAGCAGAGGAGAAGGUCGGUAUCGUCGGUAGGACGGGAGCAGGUAAAAGUUCUCUGAUGGCUGCCCUCAUGAGGUUGACGGAGCCCAAGGGAAUCCUGAAGAUCGACGGUGUCACCAUCACAGAGAUCGGUCUCCAUGCCUUGAGGAAACACAUAUCAUUUAUUCCCCAGGAUCCUGUGUUAUUUAGCGGAACCCUCAGAAAGAACCUAGACCCGUUCAACCAUCACACGGAUGAAGAUAUGUGGAAUGCAUUGGAAGAGGUCCAACUCAAGCCUGUCGUGGAAGAAAACUCAGAGAAACUGGAGAUGGCAAUGUCCGAGGGAGGGACAAACUUCAGCGUCGGACAGAGGCAGCUGGUCUGUCUAGCGAGGGCGGUAUUACAUCGGAAUAAGAUCCUCAUUGUGGACGAGGCCACAGCUAAUGUAGACCCUAGGACUGACCAGUUGAUUCAACUGACCAUUAGAAAGAAGUUCAGGCAGUGUACAGUGCUGACCAUUGCCCAUAGACUCAAUACCAUCAUGGACAGUGACCGUGUCUUGGUCCUGGACCAGGGUCGUAUCAUAGAGUUCGAUGAACCCUAUGUUCUCCUCAAGGAUGAGAAGAGCCUAUUUGGAUCCAUGGUGGUGGAGACAGGAAAGUCUGAGGCUGCCAAGCUCCUUGCAGUGGCCAGGGCAGGGUACUACGAGAGGAACCCCUCCAACCCGUAUGACUUUGACAUCGUCGGUGACCUGAAUGAGAGCUCUGCAUGAAAGGGUCAAAGGACAGGAGGUCACAAAGUCAUCAUAAAGGUCAUGAGGUCAUUACAGCUUUAAGUAAUGGAGAAAUGAGAUGAGGGAUGUUUGCUUCUUUGCAAAGAUGCCUUUUUUACCCCCUAUGAAUUGACUCUUGCUAAGACUUGAGUUUGAGAAAGGUAGCUGAUUAAAGGUCAACGUUUAUAAGGGUUCACAGGGUUAUCAAGCCACAGGGUCGGAGAGAAAUGGAACUCAAAGUGCCUGAUUCUUUGAGAAGAACCAUGUUCCACUCAUUUCAUCUCUUACUCUAACAGGAGUCUACAGUGUAUGUCAGGAGGAUGCUAACAAGAAGUGAAAUGUCAAAGGUCAUUGGGUUGCACGGUCAUUAAGCCACAAGGUCACAGAGAAAUGGAACCCAAAGUGCCUGAUUCUUUGAGGAGAUCCAUGCGGCACUUGUUUCAACUCUUAAUCUAACAGCAGUCUACAUUGUAUGUCACAAGGGUGCUACUUAGAAGUGAAAUGUCAAAGGUCGUUGGGUUGCCGGGUCGUUGGGUUGGACGUUGGUCUUUGAAAGAGAAGACAAAUACAUCCUAUGAUAAUUGGGGGUGAUUUUGUUUAUAAAGAAGGUCCAUAUUUAUUUUUCAGUCAUGUCAUGUGUGGAUAAUGUAGGUGCUUUAUGAAGCUUGGCAAAUUUGCUUCUACUUAAAACGCUUGGCAAAUUUGCGUUUACUUCAAAACGCUUGAGGUAACCUUCAAAAAUUUAAAAAUAAAUUAUUAAAUUCCAUGAUCUUGGUUAAAUCCUAAAUUGAUUGCUUUGCUUGCCUAGUUAUACAUACAUGUAUAGUGCAAAUGUAGGUGGUUAUUGUCAGCUGACUGAAGACUUUUGUUCUUGCCUUAUGUGUUUUCAUCAUGAAGAUGGUUAGAAAUAUGUAAAUGCAAUUAUGUUCACUAUUUAACCUGUAGAUUAAAUGAAAAAGAUGCACAUAUAUGCUAUGCUAUCCUUUGUACAAGGGGAAGAUGCACGAAUACUGUUAUGGAAUAUACAUGUACAUGUAUAAGCUUUCUCAAACUUAUGAGGAUAAGAACAAUAUGCUGUCAUUUUGUGAUUUUGUGUUUUUAUCCUGUACCUGUUCAACGGUACUUAUAAGAAGAUUUUGUUUGUAACAAUGUGGUAGAGACUUAGCAUAACAUUUACCCAGGCUCUUUUAUAUAGCUUGAUUAACCAAAUUACAUUACAGAAAUCCAAAAAUGUCACAUUUUCUCUUUGCAAAGAUGCAAGGAGGUAUCUGAAAUUAAUUCUCUCCUAUUUACAACAAUAUAUAUGACGUUUACAUCACAUAAAUUAUGUAACUACUAUGUGGUAGAUGCAGUCAUAUUAGAUGAUAUGUUGAAUAGAGCUCGAGUCUUUAUCCAUAAGUAAUAAGCAGCAGUGUUGCUAGACAUUUUGAAGGGGAAUGUUUCCUACCAAACUUGAAGACAAAUUAGCCGGCAGUUUUAUAAUAAACAACAAAAGGGCAUCAAUAGAGGGUUUUGUUGACUAGUCUCCAAGACUUCCUGAGGUGGGGAGAGAAUAUUUGUUCUUGUUGCUGUUGGGGGGGGGGGGGGGCAGUCCCCAAGAUUAAUGUAUGUUUGUUUUAGUGCAGUGUGUACUGUGUAGGUUGCUCAUGGAAGAUCAUCUGAAAACACAGCAGCCCUAGCCCUACACCCUUCAAAGAAAAAAGAAUGCACAGCCUGAAAAGAGCCGUGCAUUUUGCAACUUUUCAUCUUUAACCUUUGACCUAUGUUUUGAUGUACUGCACAUUCCAUAACUGAAACAUUACAAACAGGUAUCAUUUUAAAGAAGAAUAAACAUGCUUUCUAAUGAUACUAAACAUAGUAAUGAUUAUGCCACGACAGGAGAGAUAUAUUGAAUCAUACUUGAGUUUCCAAUUUUUUUUUUUGGAGAGGUGUAAUUAACCUUUAAAAAAUGAGCGAUGGCGUGCAUAUUGUCAUCCAACCACUCAAGAGUUUAUCCUUUUGUUCUUACAAGUUGCCUUGCUUAACAAAACCAACGCUAACAAAGAAGUCUGUAUUCGUCUGUACAAUCCAAUUUUUGUUUCAUUUCAUGCUAGAUUUGCAUUUACCUUGAAUAUGUUUAAAAGCAGAGAGAAGAGAGCCAAAGACAAAGAAGUUUUACCUUUUAAAUAUUCAGUAUUCAUCACAGGUGGGCUUUACAAUUUUGCACCGAUGACCUUUAUUCUGCUCAAGCGCAGAUUGUAUCUAUAUAUGCAGUGGCUUAUUGAUGCAAUAAGGACGUAAGUAAGAUAAUCAUGGAAAGACAAACCUGGGAUGGGCGGGGUUUUCUCUGAAUGCUGCAACGGUGCUACAUUAAUUGAUGAAGAAACUUUAUUUGCACGACUAUGUGAUUUUCACUUGACCAGUCAAGCAAAAAUCUGAUAUGGUUAUGUAUAUACAUAUACAUGUAGAUAUACAUGAAAAUGUUUUGUUUAUUUAUUUUAUCUUGACCUUUAUUUAGUAUAUAGCUCACAAUGUGCGUUUGUUCCACCUUUCAACUUUGUUUAAUAUUGCCUUAGUUAUGACUGGAAGCCUGUAUUUAAGUAGACUGUAGUCAUUUGUUGUCAAAUUGAAAUCAUAUACUGUAGCUUAUCAUGUAUUUGGGGGUGAUUAUUUACAGAAGGUAGCCAACAUCAAGUACAGCUGUACAUGUAAUGUCAUGUCCAUCAGAACAUUUUACUGGUAAUAAUAUAAUAUGGACCAUUUCUUAUAGGGCUCCUGUUUGGAGCUUGAAGGGCAUUUUAGUAUGCCAAUCACCCCCAAAAACCUAAUGUUUACAAAUACUAUUAUAAUAUACAGGUGUAUGAAGCCAACUUCAAACAAAAUUUACCCGGCAUUCUAUAGAACAAUGGAUAAGGAGUUGAUGUAUGAAGAAAACAAAGGAAAACAUAAAAUGUGUGCAUGGAACCCACAUUAUACCAGUUUAACAUGUACAGGUACCUGUUAUUUUGAUUAUUUAGGUGAUGUAUUAACUAAUAAGUGUUAAGAUGAAGUGAAAGAAUUUAUAGAAAGUUUCUAUGGGAUGUCAGCGGACUUACAAUAGUGUUGAGAAACUGGUCCAAUGUGACAUGUAUGCAGUAACUACACAUGUCUGCUUGCUUAUAGCAUUUCUUGCUCUUGACAGUUACACUUGCUUCACUGAAAUGCUGUUUUGUUGUUCAGGGUUUUGCCUGGUGUUUUAAUGUAUUUAUUGGCUGAACUUUUUGUUUUGAUACUAUUUAAAGAAACUUUUUCCAACAUCCAUACAGGAAUGUAUGUCCUUGAGUGCUAAAUAUUGGAAUAACAGAGUAUUAGUUACAUGCAUGUAGCGAGAGAUUUAGAGUAUUAUAGAAACUAUUCCGGUGCCAUAUUUCUGUUGCAAUUGUAUAGUACAUAUACAUGUAGAUUGUUUUAUACAUGUUACUUUAGAUCCAUUCCGAAGAGCUAAUUUAUUGUGAAAAUAAUGAUGUAAUUGGUAUUACUUUUGGAUGGCAUCGUUGAAUUUUUGAUGGAAUCCUAAAAAGUUGAUUGAUGUUCUUUUAUAUUUGUGUAUUUUAUUUGCUAUUUAUCCUCUCUCAUACACAGGUUUUCAAAAAGGGUUUUCAAUACUGGACAAGAGACCUGUAAAUGUAUUUAACUUUCGCUCCAAAAUCCUUGGUUACUAUUUAAUUCACCUGAAAUGCACAACAGCAUUUUGAUGGGUGGAAUACUUUUUACAUAUAUUAGCUGUGUUGCUGUGUCUGGCAAGGCUCUGGCACGCUUUUUAAUUGUGAAUUGAAUCUCCAUCUUUUUUAAAGAAGUUUACAUAUAAUUAUUAAACAGGCCAAAACUCAAUCCAAAACCGAACUAUCAGAGUUUGUUAUGACAUAUACAUUUGUAAGAAGUCAUCUUUUUUAGCAAUUUUGUUUUCUUCCCCAAACUGUAUUGAAGACAACAUGACAUCCAUCAAAAUGGAUUUCGUCUUGUUAAUAAUAUUAAUAGGAAUAUUUAUAUUCAUGACAUCCAAACUGAUGUCUACAUACAAAUGAAACUCAAAGACACAACCCGUUUUGAAAUUGUAUGAUGAUUUAUGAGUGGUUAUUUUUCUUUAGUCAUAUUUCUCGAGUCAUUUUUUUUUUCUAAAUAGCUUAGACAAUUUCAUUUGUGACCCUUUUUUUUCAAUUAACUUUUGCAUGUGUGUGAUUGUAUGUUGUGUUAAUUUUAAUAUAAUUUUUUUUUUAACUCACACUAUUGGGUGUGUUUCCAUGUGUUUUGAGGGAUUUUGUUUACAUACUUGUUACGAAUGUGAACCUAUGUGUAAAUUGUUUUCUUUUCACAGAUGAUUUUUGGACAUCUUUUUUUUAAUUGCGCUUUUUGAACUCACCACACUAUCGGGUGUGUGUCCAUGUUUUAUGGAGGGUUUUGUUGUCAUACUUGUUACGAAUGUGAAACUAUGUGUAAAUUGUUUUCUUUUCACAGAUGUUUUUUAGACAUCUUUUUUUAAUAAUUGCACUACCUAAAUGUUUGUAACCAAAUCCUGAUGUCUUUCACAUAUUCACGUUUUUAUGUGUAGAAUCAUGGUUUAAAUGUUCAUGAAUCUGUCUUCAUUACACUCAAUUGUAAAAUCUUUCGAGAAAUGCGC